GUCCCGGUUUAAGGAUUAGGAGAAGGUGGCAGUCAGUUUGUUUUUGAUAGCCGUCGCGAGUAGACCGUUUUACCGUUCUGAUCUUGACCCUCUGUUCCAAAAUGAGUUGUCCCAUCGGAAAUUACAACGGGGAUGCCCAAUCCGGCGAACGUCUUGGUUCCGAGGCCGGAAUGUUGUACGGAGAGUAUCUGAUGCUUGAUAAGAUUCUCAGUGCCCAGCGAAUGCUUUCCACCGAAAGUAACAAGCCAGUUCACGAUGAGCAUCUUUUCAUAAUCACACAUCAAGCCUACGAACUUUGGUUCAAGCAGAUCAUUUUCGAGCUGGAUUCGAUCCGUAAUCUGUUCAACAGCGAGCACAUUGAAGAGUCGCGAACGUUGGAAAUUCUAAAGCGCCUGAACCGGGUUGUGAUGAUACUUAAGCUGCUGGUCGACCAAGUACCAAUUCUGGAAACGAUGACUCCGCUGGAUUUCAUGGACUUCCGAGAUUUCCUUUCACCUGCUUCGGGCUUCCAAAGUUUGCAGUUCCGGCUGUUGGAAAAUAAGCUGGGCGUCAAAACGGAACAUCGCGUCAAGUACAACCAAAAGUAUUGGGAAGUAUUUUCCAGUGAUCCGAAAGCCGUCGAAAAACUGGCUUGCACCGAAAACGAACCCUCAUUGGUCGAUUUGGUUCAAAAAUGGUUGGAACGCACGCCGGGAUUGGAAGAAGAUGGUUUCAACUUCUGGGGAAAGUUUAGAGAAAGUGUCGAAAAGCUACUGGCCGAUCAAGAGGAAAGCGCAAAGAGUGAACCUCAUGAAAAUGUUAGAAACUACCGUUUGAUGGACAUAGAAAAGCGUCGUGAGGUUUACCGAUCGAUCUUCGAUGUUGACCUACAUGAAUGUCUGGUGACGCGUGGCGAAAGAAGAUUUACCCAUCGCGCCCUUCAGGGUGCCAUUAUGAUCACUUUCUACAGAGAUGAACCGCGGUUCAGUCAACCUCAUCAACUUUUGAUGUUGCUUAUGGACAUCGAUUCGUUAAUUACCAAAUGGAGAUAUAACCACGUGAUCAUGGUUCAAAGGAUGAUUGGAUCCCAACAACUUGGAACUGGUGGUUCUUCCGGAUAUCAAUAUCUGCGAUCAACAUUGAGCGAUCGCUAUAAGGUAUUUCUGGAUUUGUUUAAUUUAUCCACGUUCUUGAUUCCACGUGGUUCGAUUCCCCCGCUGACGGACGAGAUGCAGAAAGCUUUAAAUCUUGCCUGGGGAUCACCGGUUCACCGUCCCAAGCAACCGAACGGUGUGGCGCAGUAGUGUUUUUGUCAUUAAAAGAUUUUAAUCUCUAGAGACUAUCGGCUUGAAUUAUGGCGAGCAGUGAAAGCAAACAAAAACAAUUUGCGAACUGCAUGUUAUUUUUGCACAUCACCCUAUUUACCAGAUGAUUGCUGUAUAUUUAACCACCCGGAGUUUUGUGACAGCCUAAAUGCAAAGUUUACUUUUAGAUAACAGCAAACCAAUUUAGAGAAUUGGCGCACCACAUGCAAAACAGCAGUAAUUUAUAAUUUUUUGUUUCAAGUAAAAGACCGGUCGUUCCACUAUAUAAAAUUCAAAUGAAUAAAUAAACAAAUUACGUUUCGUCUA